AUGAUUCCCUUCUUACCAGUAUUCUCUCUGUUCCUGCUGUUGGUUGUUAACCCUGCAAAUGCCAAUGGUCACUACGACAAGAUCUUGGCUCACAGCCGUAUCAGGGGACGGGAUCAGGGUCCAAAUGUCUGUGCCCUUCAACAGAUUUUGGGCACCAAAAAGAAAUACUUCAGUACCUGCAGGAACUGGUAUCAAGGUGCCAUCUGUGGGAAAAAAACGACUGUGUUAUAUGAAUGCUGCCCUGGUUAUAUGAAGAUGGAAGGAAUGAAAGGCUGCCCAGCAGUGUUGCCUAUUGACCAUGUUUAUGGAACCCUGGGCAUUGUGGGAGCUACCACCACACAGCGCUAUUCUGAUGUCUCAAAACUGAGGGAGGAGAUCGAAGGAAAGGGAUCAUUCACUUACUUCGCACCGAGUAACGAAGCUUGGGACAACCUGGAUUCUGAUAUCCGGAGAGGUCUGGAGAGCAAUGUGAAUGUUGAAUUACUGAAUGCUUUACACAGUCACAUGGUUAAUAAGAGAAUGUUGACCAAGGACUUGAAAAAUGGCAUGAUUAUCCCUUCAAUGUAUAACAACUUGGGGCUCUUCAUUAACCAUUAUCCUAAUGGGGUUGUCACUGUGAACUGUGCUCGAAUCAUCCAUGGGAACCAGAUUGCAACAAAUGGCGUGGUGCAUGUCAUUGACCGUGUCCUCACACAAAUCGGUACCUCAAUUCAGGACUUCAUUGAAGCAGAAGAUGAGCUCUCAUCUUUUAGGGCAGCUGCCAUCACAUCCGAUAUAUUGGAAACGCUUGGGAGAGAUGGUCACUUCACACUCUUUGCUCCCACCAAUGAAGCUUUUGAGAAACUUCCACGAGGAGUUCUAGAAAGGAUCAUGGGAGACAAAGUGGCUUCAGAAGCUCUCAUGAAGUACCACAUUCUAAACACCCUCCAGUGUUCAGAGGCUAUCAUGGGAGGAGCUGUCUUUGAGACCCUGGAAGGAAACACCAUUGAGAUAGGAUGUGAUGGUGACAGCAUAACAGUAAAUGGAAUUAAAAUGGUGAACAAAAAAGAUAUUGUGACAAAUAAUGGUGUCAUCCAUUUGAUUGAUCAGGUCCUGAUUCCUGAUUCUGCCAAACAAGUUAUUGAGCUGGCUGGAAAUCAGCAAACCACUUUCACAGACCUUGUGGCCCAAUUAGGCUUGGCAUCUGCUCUGAGGCCAGAUGGAGAAUACACUUUGCUGGCACCUGUGAAUAAUGCAUUUUCUGAUGAUACUCUGAGCAUGGAUCAGCGCCUUCUUAAAUUAAUUCUACAGAAUCAUAUAUUGAAAGUAAAAGUUGGCCUUAAUGAGCUUUACAAUGGACAAAAACUUGAGACCAUUGGAGGCAAACAGCUCAGAGUCUUCGUGUACCGUACAGCUGUCUGCAUUGAAAAUUCAUGCAUGGUGAGAGGAAGCAAGCAAGGAAGAAAUGGUGCCAUUCACAUAUUCCGAGAGAUCAUCAAACCAGCAGAGAAAUCCCUCCAUGAAAAACUGAAACAAGAUAAGCGCUUCAGCAUCUUCCUCAGUCUACUUGAAGCUGCAGACUUGAAAGAGCUCCUAACACAGCCUGGAGAUUGGACCUUAUUUGUACCAACCAAUGAUGCCUUUAAGGGAAUGACUAAUGAAGAAAAGGAAAUUCUGAUUCGGGACAAAAAUGCUCUUCAAAACAUCAUCCUUUACCACCUGACACCAGGAGUUUUCAUUGGAAAAGGUUUUGAACCUGGUGUUACUAACAUUUUAAAGACCACACAAGGAAGUAAAAUCUAUCUGAAAGGAGUAAAUGAUACACUUCUGGUAAAUGAACUGAAGUCAAAAGAAUCUGACAUCAUGACAACAAAUGGUGUCAUUCAUGUCAUAGAUAAACUCCUCUAUCCAGCAGACACACCUGUUGGAAAUGAUCAGCUGCUAGAAAUACUUAAUAAACUGAUCAAAUACAUCCAAAUUAAGUUUGUUCGUGGCAGUACCUUCAAAGAAAUCCCUAUAACUGUCUACACAACUAAAAUCAUAACCAAAGUUGUGGAACCAAAAAUUAAAGUGAUUGAAGGCAGUCUUCAGCCUAUUAUCAAAACAGAAGGACUCACAAUACCAAAGGUCAAAAUUGAAGGUGAACCUGAAUUCAGACUGAUUAAAGAAGGUGAAACGGUAACUGAAGUGAUCCAUGGAGAGCCAAUUAUUAAAAAAUACACCAAGAUCAUUGAUGGAGUGCCUGUGGAAAUAACCGAAAAAGAGACAAGGGAAGAACGGAUCAUUACAGGUCCUGAAAUAAAAUACACUAGGAUUUCAACUACAGGUGGAGAAACAGAAGAAACUCUGAAGAAAUUGUUGCAAGAAGAGGUCACCAAGGUUACCAAAUUCAUUGAAGGUGGUGAUGGUCAUUUAUUUGAAGAUGAAGAAAUUAAAAGACUGCUUCAGGGAGACACACCUGUGAGAAAGAUACAAGCCAACAAAAGAGUUCAAGGAUCCAGAAGACGAUCAAGGGAAGAUCGUCCUCAGUGA